AUGGCCUCUCUCCCGGAUAUCCCAGGCUACUACUAUGAGGAACAAAACUGGAAAGACGAGGAGAAGAAGAAGUACUUCAAGAUCGAGAAGAGCCACACCGCACCCAGCAGUGCGGCCUGGUCAUCGUCCAAUGUUAAGCGCAGGAAGCACGAUGACGCGCAGGCUGCUGCGGCCAUCAAGAAGCUGAGGAUCCAGGCCGCCCGUGUCAAGCGCGCCAGAGUCUUGCAGGAACCGCUCACGGGAGGCUUUCUCAACCGCAUGUUCAGCGCCACAGACCCCUACGAGGUUUCCUACGUCGCCUUUGCUCAGGGGCUGCGGGACAAAGGUCGUCUGAACUACCCAGAUGAACCGGCCUCAGCUGAUGAUGUCGAGCCGAAUUUAAAUUGUCUUUAUGUCAAUGGCUCGGAUGAGAAGACAGGGCUCGGUGUUGCCUAUGUCGCAGAAUGGAACGACAGGACCAUAUUGGGAUACUACAUGGCGCGUGAUAAGAACGACAGACUCGUAGACUUCCCUCACCACAGAUACCGAAUCCCCAGAGGAUCCCUCGGUUUCUACUCACCGCGCAGGGAAAUGGUGAACCUCCCCAGCAUUUCGGACAUUAAAUGCCAUGAGCCAUCCCGCAGCAUCAUCGUUACCUCAAGCGGUCCCGCCUGGGGAGACGUGAGCAUCCAGAUGUUCUCCCCGCCUCUGUCAGAACCCGGAGACGAAGAGAGGCCCUACUGGCUGCUGGGCGAAGCCGAUAGCAUGCAGAGCCUCUCUCUCUUCGGCCGCCGCAAGAGCCACUGUAUCUACAGCUGCACCCCGGCUCCGGCAGCCUCGGAUAUGCUAUGCGCCCUCGCCACGGGCAGCGGCGUCGUCCAGUUCCUCCCCCACCGGCCGUACAGCUUGACCCGCAUACCCUGCGACAUCGUGGCGCAGCCCCAUGGCCACCACGACGAGGACGACGAUUGGGUGGCGAGGAUGGGCGCCAUGGGCGGCGAGAUGUUCAGCGUCGACUUUGCCCGCGGCAACCACAACGUGCUCUUCGCCGGCGGCCGCUCUCGGGGCAUCCACAUGGCCGACCUGCGCGAGGCGCCGACGGCCUGGGCCCGGCCCGUCGCCUGCGGGCCCGUGGCGCACGUCCGCUCCGUCAACGAGCACCAGGUCGUCGUGGCGGGCAUCAACGACCACCUCGCGCUCUACGACCUCCGGUUCACCGGCCGGGACAGCCGCUUCCGGAGCCAGGGCUGGGGCUCCUCCUCCUCCUCCUCCGCCGCCGCCCGAGGAAAGAAAGGCGCGACGAAGACGACCACGACCACGACCAAGCCGCUGCUGACCUUCCCGGGCUACCGCAACCAGGCGCACCUGCUGCAGAUCGGCUUCGACGUCGACGCCGACCACGGCCUCGCCGCCGCCGCGCACGACGACGGCCGCAUCGCGCUCUACUCGCUGCGCACGGGCCGGCAGCUGCGGUCCCCCGACGUCGACGCGACGCGGUCCUCCGGGGUCGUCAAGGCGCUGACGCUCGCCACGAUGCCGCGCGACAGGAACCCCAGCCUCUUUGCGGGCAUCGGGCAGGGCGUCCAGGCGUACUCCUUUGCGUCCCCCCCGGACGAGUGGGAGGGCUGA